CCGGCCUGAGCUGCAAAGAGCCUCCUCUUGGAGAGGCCCUGGCCAAAGGAAGGCCAAGGGGCAGACUCCGGACCCACAAUGUUGAGGGUUUUCAUCCUCCAUGCGCAGAAUGUCCAGACCCCAGACACGGAUAUCAGCGAUGCUUAUUGCUCAGUGGUCUUUGAAGGGGUGAAGAAGAGAACCAAGGUGAUAAAGAACAACAUCAACCCAGUAUGGAACGAGGGCUUUGAAUGGGACUUGAAAGGGAUUCCUUUAGACCAGAAUGCUGAGCUUCACGUUGUUGUCAAAGACCAUGAAACCAUGGGCAGAAACAGGUUCUUGGGCGAAGCGCAUGUGCCCCUGCGAGACGUCCUGGCAUCACCCAACCUAGCUGCCAGCUUCAAUGCUCCUUUGCUGGAUACCAAGGGGCAGAGCACAGGGGCGUGUCUGAUCCUGCAAGUCUCCUACGUUCCCCCACCUGGAGCAGCCCCAUUAUUCCCACCUCCUGCCCCACCUGAGCCAAACCCAGCACCUGCAGAACUGGAAGUGUUGACAGAUACAGCUGGAGAAGAGGAUGCGGAAGAUUUGCUUGGGACGGGAGAGGAAGAUGAGCCUUUGGUGGGACCGCCCGCAACAGAUCAGCCCUCAGUCCCCAGAAAACCUCCAUCCCAUAUUGUUCAAGGGACCAAGAGGAGGAAGAGUGGCCCAAAGAAACUCCUCUCCAACAAGCCCCAGGACUUCCAGAUCAGAGUGAAGGUCAUUCAAGCGAGGCAGCUUCCCGGAGUCAGCCUCAGGCCGGUAGUGAAGGUGACGGCUGCUGGGCAGACGAAGCGAACCAGGAUCCGGAAAGGGAAUGGCCCAUUGUUUGAUGAGACCUUUUUCUUCAACGUCUAUGAUUCCCCAAUGGAGCUGUUUGAUCAACCCAUAUUCAUCACUGUUGUUGAUUCCCGCUCGCUCCGGACAGAUUCGGUCAUCGGGGAAUUCCGGCUGGAUAUUGGGACGAUCUAUGCUGAACCCAAGCACUGUAUCCUCCGAAAAUGGCUGCUGCUUUCAGAUACAGAGGAUUUUUCAGCCGGGGGUAGGGGCUACUUGAAGGUCAGCUUGCAUGUCCUUGGUCCUGGAGACGAAGCGCCUAUGGAGAAGAAGGAAGCUGCUGAAGAGAAGGAAGACAUCGAGGGCAACCUUCUCCGUCCAACUGGGGUGUCUCUAAGGGGAGCCCACUUCUUCCUAAAGAUUUACCGGGCAGAAGACCUGCCCCAGAUGGAUGAUGCCGUCAUGGACAGUGUGAAGCAGAUCUUUGGCUUCGAGAGCAACAAGAAGAAUCUAGUGGAUCCUUUUGUGGAAGUUACUUUUGCUGGCAAAACGCUCUGCAGCAAGAUAGUGGAGAAGAAUGCCAACCCUCAGUGGAACCAGAGUGUAACCCUGCCAGCCAUGUUUCCAUCAAUGUGUGAGAAGAUGCGGAUACGGGUCAUUGACUGGGACCGGGUCACUCACAACGACAUCAUUGGCACCAGCCAUCUUCGCAUGUCCAAGAUCUCCGCUUCUGGAGGGGAACUGGAAGAUGAGUUUCCAUCUUCUGCAAGGCCCUUUGGUGCAAUGGACAUGGACGAUGGCCUGGGUUUCCUGCCCACCUUUGGCCCAUGUUACAUCAACCUGUAUGGCAGCCCACGGGAGUUCACAGGCUUUCCAGACCCAUAUGAGGAGCUCAACACUGGCAAGGGAGAAGGCGUCGCUUACCGUGGACGGUUGCUGGUGGAAUUGGAGACGAAGUUGGUGGACCACGUUGAACAGAAGUUGGAGGACAUUCCUGCUGAUGACAUCCUGCGGGUAGAAAAGUACCUGCGUCGACGGAAGUACUGCCUCUGCGCCACCUUCUACUCGGCCACCAUGUUGCAAGAUGUGGAUGACGCCAUCCAGUUUGAGGUCAGCAUCGGGAAUUAUGGCAACAAGUUCGACAACACCUGCCUGCCCUUGGCCUCCACCACUCAGUACAGCAGGGCUGUCUUUGAUGGCUGCCAGUAUUACUACCUCCCAUGGGGCAACGUGAAGCCUGUGGUUGUGCUCUCCUCGUAUUGGGAAGACAUCAGCCACAGAACCGAUGUGCAGAAUCUCCUCGCCGGUGCUGCAGAUCGGCUGGAAGCCAACCUGGAUCGGGUCCAGCUGGCCCUGAAAGCCAAAUGCUCGGCUGGCGACCUGGACACCCUGGUGGCCCAAUUGAUGGAUGAAGUCAUUGCGGACUGCAGCCAGCCACUGGUGGACGUCACCCAGAAGCCAAACAGCACCCAUUUGGACCAUUACCUCUAUCGCUUCCGCACCACCAACCUCAACCAGAUUGUCCAGGCAGCCCUGAGGUUAAAGCAUGAGGACUCUGAGCUGCAGCUGGUCCUGGAGCAAGCAGAAGACUGGCUCUCUCGGCUGAGGUCUAUGGCGGAGGAGCCCCAGAACAGCCUGCCAGAUGUGGUGAUCUGGAUGCUGCAAGGAGACCGGCGCAUGGCGUACACCCGGGUGCCGGCCCGCGAGAUCCUUUUCUCCCGCAAUGGAGCCAAUUGCUGUGGCAAGAACUGUGGGAAGCUCCAGACGAUAUUCAUGAAAUGUCCUCAGGAAGAGGUCCCAGGCCCCAAGAUUCGAACCCAGAUCCGGGUGCAACUGUGGCUGGGUCUCGGGGUAGAUGAGAAGGAAUUCAACAAAUCUGCAGAAGGACGGCUUUCUGUCUUUGCAGAAACGUAUGAAAACCAGACCAAACUUGCCCUGGUUGGGAACUGGGGCACCACUGGCCUCACUUACCCCAAAUAUUCAGACGUCACCGGGAAGAUUAAGUUGCCCAAAGACAGUUUCAGACCUUCGACCGGAUGGGCCUGGGCCGGGGAAUGGUUCGUCAGCCCCGAGAAAACGUUACUAUAUGACGUUGAUGCCGGCCACAUGAGCUUCGUGGAGGAAGUGUUUGAGAACCAAGUCCGGCUUCCCGGCGGGCAGUGGAUCCACAUGGCUGAGGCUUACACCGAUGUGAAUGGGGAGAAGGUUCUGCCCAAGGACGAGAUCGAGUGCCCUCUGGGUUGGAAAUGGGAAGACUUUGAGUGGGACAUUGACCUCAACAGAGCCGUGGAUGAGAGAGGCUGGGAAUAUGGCAACACCAUCCCUCCAGACCACAAACCCAAGAGCUGGGUCCCUACGGAGAAGAUGUACCACACGAACCGUCGCCGGCGCUGGGUGAGGCUGCGCCGCAGAGACCUGGCUCAGAUGGAGGCCCUGAAAAAAUACAAGCAGGAGGAGCUGGAAGGAGAAGGAUGGGAGUAUGCCUCUCUUUUUGGCUGGAAGUUCCACAUGAAAUACUGCAAGACGGAUUCCUUCCGCCGGAGGCGAUGGCGUCGCCGAAUGGAGCCCCUUGAGCAGACUGGAGCAGCCGCUGUGUUUGCCUUGGAAGGAGCCCUGGGUGGCAUCACAGAUGACAAGAGCGACGAUGGCAAGUCAGUGUCGACACUCAACUUCGGUGUGAACCGGCCCACCAUUUCCUGCAUAUUUGACUAUGGAAACAGGUACCACCUGCGCUGCUACAUCUACCAAGCAAGGGAUCUGAUUGCCAUGGAUAAAGACAGCUUUUCAGACCCCUAUGCCAUCGUCUCCUUCCUACACCAGAGCCAAAAGACGGUGGUAUCAAAGAACACCUUGAACCCCAUCUGGGACCAAACAUUGAUCUUCUAUGAGAUUGAGAUCUUUGGGGACCCUCAGAACAUAGCAGACUCCCCACCCAACAUUGUGGUUGAAAUCUAUGACCACGACACCUAUGGUGCCGAUGAAUUCCUGGGACGUUGCAUUUGCAAGCCGAGUAUGGAACGGAUGCCGAGGCUCGCCUGGUACCCAGUGGUCAGAGGCAACCACAGUGCCGGGGAAUUGCUUGCAGCCUUUGAGCUCAUUCAGCGUGAAAAGCCGGCCGUCCACCACAUCCCUGGCUUUGAGAUGGAGCUGUCUGUUUUGGAUGAGCUGUGCACACCUGCCUUCUAUUACGAAGGGCUUCUCCAAUGGUCUGCGGAUUCGGACCUGCCUUACCCUCCGCCGCAGCGAGAGCCCAACAUCUACAUGGUCCCUCAAGGAAUCAAGCCUGUUCUCCAACGGACCGCCAUCGAGAUCUUGGCCUGGGGACUCCGCAGCAUGAAGAGCUACCAGUUGGCCAGCGUGACUUCGCCCAGUCUCCAGGUGGAGUGUGGCGGCCAGAUGGUUCAGUCGUGUGUUAUCAAGAACCUCAAGAAGAACCCCAACUUUGACAUGUCCGUUCUCUUCAUGGAAGUGCGCCUGCCAAGAGAAGACCUCUACAGUCCUCCCAUCAUUCUCAAAGUCAUUGACAACCGGCCCUUUGGCCGGAAGCCGGUGGUGGGGCAGUGCACCAUCCGGUCGCUGGAGGGGUUCUUCUGCGAUCCUUACAAAGAGGAGGCUGACUUUCCCGAAACACAUGCAGAUGAUGUGAGCCUGACCCCUAAAGAUGACAUCCUUAUUGAUAUCGAUGACAAGGAGCCUCUCCUUCCGGUCCAGCCUGCAGAUGGCAUGACCAGCUCAGCUUUCAUUAACAUGCCAACUUCUGGGGCCGAUCUCCAUGAGGAAGAAUUCAUCGAUUGGUGGAGCAAGUUCUACGCUUCCACGGGGGAGCGAGAGAAAUGUGGCUCCUACUUGGAGAAGGGCUUUGACACUUUGAAGGUCUACGAGACGGAACUGGAGAACAUAGAAGACUUUGGGGGCCUUUCAGACUUCUGUCACACCUUCAAGCUGUACCGCGGCAAGACUCAAGAUGCCCAUGAAGACCCCACCGUUGUGGGAGAAUUCAAGGGUUCAUUCAAGAUUUACCCGCUUCCAGAUGACCCUGCGGUGCCCAUGCCGCCUCGCCAGUUCCACCAGCUCCCUGCCAGAGGCCCCCAGGAAUGCCUUGUCCGUGUCUACAUCGUCCGUGCCUUUGAUCUGCAACCCAAAGACCCCAAUGGCAAGUGUGACCCUUAUGUGAAGAUUUCUGUGGGGAAGAAAUCCAUCAAUGACCAGGACAAUUAUAUCGCCUGCACCUUGGAGCCAGUCUUUGGAAAGAUGUUUGAGCUGACUUGCACCUUGCCCUCGGAGAAGGACCUGAAGAUCACCCUCUAUGACUAUGACCUCCUGUCCAAGGAUGAGAAGAUUGGGCAGACAAUCAUUGACCUCGAGAACCGGUUCCUCUCCAGAUUUGGAGCCCGCUGCGGCCUACCCCAGACCUACUGCAUUUCUGGUCCUAACCAAUGGAGAGAUCAACUGCGACCCUCCCAGCUGCUCCACUACCUGGCCUUGCAACGCAACUGCAAACCUCCUGUUUACAAGCCGGACCGUAUCAUCUUUGGAGAUCAAACCUACAGCCUCACAGACUUUGAGGAUGGGAAGCCCCCCAACCCACAUCUGGGGCCUGCGGAGGAAAGACUAGCCCUGCAUACUUUGCGGAAGCAAGGCCUAGUGCCAGAGCAUGUCGAGACCAGACGGCUGUACAGUCCUCUGCAACCAGAUAUCGAGCAGGGAAAGGUUCAGAUGUGGGUGGACAUAUUUCCAAAAUCGCUUGGGCCACCUGGACCUCCAUUCAACGUGACUCCAAGGAAAGCAAAGAGGUUCUACUUGCGCUGCAUCAUCUGGAACGCCAAAGAUGUCAUCCUGGACGACCUGAGCAUCACAGGGGAGAAGAUGAGCGACAUUUAUGUGAAAGGAUGGAUGGUUGGCUAUGAGGAGAACAAGCAGAAGACAGACGUCCAUUACCGGUCGAUGGGAGGCGAAGGGAACUUCAACUGGAGGUUCGUCUUCCCCUUUGACUACCUGCCUGCUGAGCAGGUCUGUUACGUGGCUAAGAAGGAGCAUUUCUGGAGCUUGGACAAGACAGAGAACAAAGUCCCUCCCCAGCUGAUCCUUCAGGUCUGGGACAACGACAAGUUCUCCUUCGACGACUAUUUGGGUUCCAUCCAGCUGGACCUCAACUGCAUGCUGAAGCCAUCCAAGACAGCCGAGAAAUGCAGCCUGGACCUUCUCGAUGGCCCAGAAAGAAUGGUCUCUCUCUUGGAGCAGAAGACAGUCAAGGGCUGGUGGCCCUGUGUGGCAGAAGAGGAUGAGACCAAGAUCAUUGCAGGCAAGUUGGAAAUGACGCUGGAGAUCAUCAAUGAACAGGAGCACGACGAAAGGCCAGCUGGGUUGGGCCGGGACGAGCCAAACAUGAACCCCAAACUGGAAGACCCCAAGCGUCCGGAGACGUCCUUCUUGUGGUUCACCUCUCCUUACAAGACCCUGAAGUAUAUCCUGUGGAGGAGGUUCAAGUGGGUCUUCCUCCUCCUCCUCCUCGUCCUCAUUGUGUUGCUCUUCCUGGGGAUCUUCAUCUAUGCCUUCCCGAACUAUGCUGCUAUGAAGCUGGUGAAGCCUUUCAGCUGAGCCCAAGGUGGAGAAGAGCCAAGAGAAGAGCCUUGCAAGGCAGAGGCCAGAGCCGGCGGAGGAGAAGACGGCUGCACAGUGCCUUGCAAACCACACAACCUGCCUUCUGUCGCACACUCUUCUGCAAAAGGGAACGGACAGCAGCCACUCCCUGCACAAAUUGCAUUCUUCUCAGUCACAAAGCCAUAGGUUUUAAUACUACCCCCUCUCAGCCCAAUGCCCUUAACCCUGCAAAUGCUGCUCAGGUGCCAUGGCUGAACAGAUGCACCAGAACUGCACUUUGGUUUCUGGGGCUUUGUUCUCUGUACAAAGUAGGCCUUCGAGAAGUAGAUGAUUCACCUGUACAACGCUUGGGAUCUGUCAGUAGGUUACAGCAGUGAUUCCCAGACUUUGGUCCACCGGAUGUUUUGGACUUCAGCUCCCAGAAUUCCUGACUGUUGACCAGGUUGGCAGGGCUUCUGGGAGCUGGAGUCCAAAAACCUGAAGGACUACAGUUAGGGAGCCGGGUUAGAGUAACAAAGAACUGCUUGAAACCACCCUAGUAAGAGCAUGAGGUCCCCGUUUCUUUGCCACCCGUUGCGUCUGCUUUUACUGCCAACAAGUCAGUUCAGCCCUGGAAAAAUGGGAUUUGUUGCAUCAUGGGAAAGGGGGGAAAGGAUUUGGGGUUCAGCCUCUGCAGUUUCCCCCAUCUCUGGAUGCAUAUGCCUCAAAUAUCCCCAAAUAUCACCAAGAACCAGGAUGCCAUGCGUUACUAAUUCUGUGCUUUAGUCAUUUUCUUCCACUGCAAGAAAGUCUUUGAAAACUCUGCAGUGUUUUUUAAAAAAGACAGUUCGCCGUAAAAGCCUUAUUCUGCACAAAAUUCGCAGAGAAUGAUAGAAUCCUAGAGUUGGAAGAGAUCCCAAAGGCAUCUAGUUCAUGCAGGAACUCACAAUCCAAGCCCUCCCUGUGACAGAUGGCCAUCCAGCCUCUGUCUGAAAGCCUCCAAAGAAAGAGACUCCACCAUUCUUCAUUGCAGCAUCUUUUGCAGCUAAACAGCUCUUACUAUCAGGAAGUUUGGCCUAAUAUUUAGGAGGAAUUUCUUUUCCUGUCAUUUGCAUUUGCUUCCAUGGCACUGUUUCCUAUUCUCUGGAGCAGCAGGAAACAAGCUCACUCCAUCCUCAAUAUAGCAUCCCUUCAAGUUCAUACUUUUAUUUUUAGUGGAAAAUAGCAUUUUGUGCAGGAAGCAGCAUUGUCUGCAAAGAAAAUAGUUUAUCUGUGCAGACAGAAAGAAAAGCCAUAAUCAUAAAAAUAUUAUCUCUGCGCAGAAAAUGUUGUUUUCUGCACACACGCACGCACACACACACACACAAGCUGGAUGUGAUUUUUUUUUGGCAGAAUAAAUAUGAAAUAGCCAGAGACGAAGGUGACAGAUGUUAGCAAGUCAAGCAAACAAGUUGUUGAUCAUUGCAGAAAAGUCCUCUUUAACUUCUGGCAAUCCUCCGAAUGAGAGACCUCCACCAGAGACCCGGUUCUUAAGGGCUCAGUGUCUUGCAAACUCAGGGCAGCUGUGGUUUCCUUGAUGGAGUCUGUCCACCUGUAAUGUCAGUCUUCUUUUCCUAUUGCUUUCUAUCUUACCAAGCAUUACCAUCUUUUCCAAUGAGUCUUUUUGUUUCAUGAUAUGUUCAAAGUAUGACAGCCAAAUCUAGUAGGGCUUGGUUUGCUCUUGCUCAUUGCCUUCAAGUUGACUUAGGGCACCUCUAUCUGUCUUUUUGGCAGUCUGGGACAUCCAUCGGACUGGCCUCCAGCCCUGCAUUUCAAACAAAUUCCCUUCCUGUCACCUUUCUUCCCUGUCCAACAUUAAUACAUUUUGCUUUUCGUACCUAGAAACUGGAAAUGUGAUAGCAUGGACAAUCCUGGCUUUAGUUUUCAAUGAUACCUCUUUACUCUUGCAGAUCUUGUCCAUUUCCUUCAUAGCUGCCCUUCCAAGUCUUCGUCUUCUCCUGCCUUCUUGACCACAGUCUCCAUUCUGAUAGAGGACUGAGCCAAGGGAUAGGAAACCUUCUACUAUGUGGAUGAGACAAUCACAGUGUUGUAGGAUCCCAGAAUUUAAAGAAAAACCAAGGGCCAUCCACUUCAACCCCCUUCAGCCGUCAGAUGAAGACACCCUCCAAGCCCUCCCUGUGACUGAUGGAAACCCAGCAUUUUAAAACCUCCAAAGCAGGAGACUGCACCACGCUUUGAGGCAGCAGCCUCUUCCCCUGUCGAACAGCUCUUACCAUCAGGAUGUUCUUCCUAACGUUGAGCUGGAAUCCCUUUCCCUGUUAUUUGCAUCUCUUGCUCUGUGUUCCAGUCGCUGGAACGGCAGAGAACAAGCUUGCUGUAUCUUCAGUGUGGCAUCCCUUGCACUAUUUAAACAGGGCUACCAUGUCACCCUUUAACCUUCUCUUCUCCACUUUGUAGUUUGUUGUGGCACCAGAGCUCUUUGGGAAAGAAGGCUAAAUACCUCACUAAAUUGCAGAUCCCAGAA